AUGGUUGAAGUGGAAGAUUCCAAACAAGAGGUUGAGGCACAAGUUGAAGAGACAAUUGAUGUUGAAGCUAAAAAGGUACCGGAAGAGUUGAAAGUUCAAGAAGUGAACCGGGAAGAGGUUAAGGAAAAGUUAUCGGUAAAUAUUCCAUUGGUGGAAGCAUUUCAAGAGAUACUGGGUUUUGUUAAGUAUUUAAAAGACUUGAUAACCAAGAAGAAAACCACCAAGAAUGAUGUGGUGAAUGUGACUCACCGGGUUAGUUCCAUCAUUGCAACAACCACCGUUCAAGAGAAAGAAGACCCGGGAGCUUUUGCCAUUCCAUGCACUAUUGGGGUGCGUGAUUUUGCAAGAGCUCUUUGUGAUAAUGGGGCUAGCAUCAACUUAAUGCCUCUUACUAUUUAUAAGCAAGCGGGGUUAGGUAUGCUGAGGCCUACAAGUAUGAGGAUGCAAAUGGCUGAUCGUUCCAUAAAGAGACCGGUGGGAAUUGUUGAUGAUGUGCUUUUGAAAGUGGGGGAGUUCCAUUUACCCACCAAUUUUGUAAUCCUUGAUUGUGCAGUUGACAAAGAAAUCCCUAUCAUCUUGGGGAGACCAUUUCUUGCUACAGGAAGAGCACUUAUGGAUUUGGAACAAAAUGAGAUCAAGUUCCGUGUGAAUGAUGAAGAGUUCACAUUCCAAGCAAGCAGGGUAUGA